AUGAUUAAGUACUACCAACACAAGCUAGCACUGGCAUUUGCUGUAAAUGAGAUCAAUGAGAAUCCCCAGAUAUUGCCAAAUGUCACCCUUGGAUUCCACAUCUAUGACAGCUACUUUGAUCUGAAAAUGACUUCCCGUACCACUCUGGACCUGCUUUUCAAGUCGCGGAGGUUUCUUCCUAAUUACAAAUGUGGCACCCAGAAAAAUGUAAUAGCUGUCCUUGGAGGACUUGAUGCUGAUAUCUCCUUCCAUAUGGCAGAUAUCUUAGGACUCUACAAAAUUCCACAGCUCCACACAUUUCUUCAGGGCCUUGCGUUCAACAAUUCUGCUGGAGAAACAGUGUCUUUUAAUGUUAACAAGGAAAUAGAAGCUGGAUUUGAUAUGAUGAACAUGGUCACCUUUCCAAAUAGGUCCUUCCUGAGAGUCAAAGUUGGAAGGGUAGAUUCCUCAGCUCCCAAAGGGAAACAAGUCACGAUUGAUGAGGAUAUGAUAGUGUGGCAGAGAGCUUUCAGCCAGGGGCCUCCCCUCUCUGAGUGCAAUCCUCACUGUCUUCCUGGUUCUCAGAAGAAAAAGAAGGAAGGGGAGAAAUUUUGCUGCUACGAUUGCACCCCUUGCUCAGCAGGGAAGAUUUCAAGCCAAAAGAACAUGGCUGGCUGUGUAAAAUGCCAAGAAGACCAUUAUCCAAGCAAAGGCCAAGAUGGAUGCAUCCAUAAAGUUAUAACCUUCUUGUCAUUUGAAGAACCUUUAGGGAUCAUUUUAGCCCUAUUAGCAGCAUCUUUUUCCCUUAUCACACUUGUAAUUUUAACAAUUUUCGUUAAGCACAGAGAUACAGCCAUUGUCAAAGCCAACAACCGAGACAUCACUUAUGUUCUCCUAGUCUCCCUCCUGCUCUGCUUCCUCUCUCCCUUGCUAUUUCUUGGAGAACCAAGCCAUGCGACCUGCUUUAUUCGUCAAGCUGCUUUUGGUAUCAUCUUCUCUGUGGCCAUUUCUUGUGUGUUGGCCAAAACCAUCACUGUCGUGGUAGCUUUUAUGGUCACCCAACCUGGGUCCAGUUUGAGGAAAUGGGUGGGGAAAAGACUAACCAAUUCAAUUGCCCUUUUUUGCUCCCUUAUUCAAGCAACCAUUUGUAUGCUGUGGCUAACAACCACUCCCCCUUUUCCAGAUUUUGACAUGGAUUCUUUGAUUGAAGAAAUCAUAGCAGAAUGUAAUGAAGGGUCUACCACCAUGUUUUACAUUGUUCUGGGCUACAUGGGACUUCUGUCCCUCAUCAGCUUGACUGUGGCUUUCUUUGCAAGGAAGUUGCCAGACAGUUUUAAUGAAACCAGAUUUAUCACCUUCAGUAUGCUGGUCUUUUGUAGUGUUUGGAUGUCCUUUGUUCCAACCUAUCUGAGCACUAAAGGGAAGUACAUGGUAGCUGUGGAAAUCUUCUCUAUCUUGGCAUCUGGUGGUGGGCUAUUGCUUUGUAUCUUUUCUCCGAAGUGUUAUGUGAUUGUGUUUAGGUCUGAGCUGAACAACAGAGAGCAACUAAUUAGGAGGAAGAAUUAA